ACAGUAAUUUGGACAGGUCAGCAACCUCAGAAUGUGCAACGCAAUAUACACCUUACUACACUCGACCCGACCACAAACACGGUGGUUUAUCUGGGCCACAUCAAGAUUUGCAACGCAAUAUACACAUAGCUACACUCGACCAGACCUCACAGACAAUAGUUUACCUUGGCAAGUCUGAGCAACAUCAGAGUGUGCAGCACAAUAUACACCUUGCUACACUCAAAGUUAUGUGCCAGGCAUGAUCAUAACUGUACUUUUUUGCCAGUAUAUCACAUAUUGUAGAUGACACUCUUUCGAUCACAUUUCGAUCACAUUUGAUAUAGCCCCAUGUGGUUCUGGAACGAUCUGUGUACGAAAAGAAUUGGAACCACUGCCUUACCCUUGCAUGAUCGUAAGAGGCGGCUAAUGGGGUCUUAACACUUGGUUUUGCAGUAACUCUGUGAAUCCAGCAGAUAUGCAAAUUUUGAUUCCAUACCUCAUGUUUUUAUUUCGAUGUAAAUGAGAUGUGGAACCAACAUUUGUAGUCCUGUUUGGCGCCAUAUAACCUAUACUGUGUUGGUGCGCCGUAAAACCCAAAUAAAUAAAUAAAUAACAUUUGAUAUAUGUCAUUACUUCCUGAUGUUAAAAUUAAGAUUUUCCCCAGGUCAUAUUUCAUAAAUCUUAAUCACAAAGGGACACUGCACCAAUGGGAAGUAAAUUUAUUUUCAAACGUUUAAGCAUUAAAAUAGUUUUACAAUAUUUUACAGACGUGUCAGUUGAAUAACUUUUGUGUAAUCCUAUGAAAUAGCAAUGACAUUUGUUUGCGAAGAGAGUCAUACGUAGUUGGUGAUUUAUAAAACUAUGAGGAUUCAAUUAAUACUUAUUGUGGCUAAUAAAUUUCGUAAACUAAUGUGUUUGUCGUAAAGACAUUUGGCGUUCCGGGGCUUUAUAAAGGACACUCGAAAUGAUUUUAAGACUAUUGGUGGUAUUUACUGCAAUGAUGACAGUUGCUGUCCAUGUCAUUUACGGAGUUGCAUCAUCAGCAUGCUACGGCACAGAUGCAAGCUGUGAUUUUUACACGAUGCAAUGUGCGUCGCAACAAGUCGUCAGAGUGCGCAACUUGUACGCGGGAUACAAAAAUACGACUUUGUACCCAGUAUGCGGCACUGAACAACACUGUUCUUCCUCCUCAACUUGUUGUGUAUUGGGAGGAACCGACAUAAGAGAAGAUUUUAAUCUAGAAAAUACAUACAAUACCUAUACGAACUGUUCUGGCAGACAGAGCUGUACGGCAAUCCAUGCCCCUUGGCAACAGCUCCAAACAACCGCUAAUGGUUUUACCAUUUAUUCGUCAUUUAUUCAUCUGGAAUAUGACUGUCAGGAAGUAUCAUCAAAAAUACAAUUAUGUGGUGGAUCUUCUAUAACCAGCUACGCUGAGAUUAUGUUUGACGGGUCCAUGGAGAACUUUGAUCAUUUGAAGGCCAGCAAAGAAUGUCGGUGCAAUGUCACUAAUUUUGGAGAGCAACAGAGUGUUAUAUUUACAACAAUAGACGUCCGACUGGAAAGCCAUUAUAAACGAGAAAAUCAAACGUCUGCCGAUUGCUCUUCAGCCUCGUUUUCGUCAUACGUAAGAAGUGCAAAGUGCGUGGAGUCUGAUAGGCAUUAUGCAGAUAACUUUUUUUAUGAAAGCAGUGACAAUUCCCAGCAAACACGAAUUAUGGCACCAUGGAUGAUCUCAGAAAUCAGAUUGACGGACAUACACGCAAACGGUGCAUGGGACUCACCAGCAAUGGUCUGGCUUUCUUUAAAAGCUGAAGAAGGCAAGGCUUUCAGUUUAACUUGCGAGGAAGUUAUACCAGCUAAAUUCACAACAACUACUACUACUUCUACUACAACAAAAAGCACAUUCGCUACAACCAAUAUUACGAAACCAACACAAAGGACCACAGUCACAACUACAACUUCAAAACCGACGACUACAACCAUGACUACUACCCCGACAAGCUUUCAAACCACGCCCAAAAUGACAGUCGAAUUGACCCCAUCCUAUUCCUCGCAGACGACUCCAGCGAGAGGUAACAGAGAUAGUGACAGGAAUGAAUCUAGCUCGGUAACUCUGGCGCUAGCUAUAGGUUUACCUGCUAUUGUUUGUAUGCUCGUCAUUGCAUCAGUCUUGCUGUUUCGUAAUUUGAGAAGAAUAUCAUCAAGUAGAGAGCAGAAACCUAUUACAAACGAUACCUCUUUACCACAUGUUUACGAUUACAUUAACGAAGUAAAUAUCAAUCCAAACACAUCUAUUGUACUACAACGUAUAAACCCGCAGCAAUCCGAAGCUCAGGAGAGGCCAUUAUCCGCUUUAUCUGUUGCCUCUAUUAACGAACAUGUGCAACCUCCAGACGAGCUCCCUUAUGAUGCACCUAUACAAGUAACAAGGCCUGAACAUGUGUAUACAGCUCUGGAAUAAGGUCCCGUACAAAUUUGACACAUGGAAAAAAAUGCAAAUGAUACACACCAACAUUUUCUUUAACUUUUUUCUCUGGAUAUAUUUAACACAUAGUUUAAUAAUGUAACUAGAAAAUUGACUAAUAUAGAUAAUAGAUAAUAGAGAAUCACGCUUACAUUUGAUAUUUGCAACGUUAAUCAAGUAAGAAAAAAGCUAUUGUCGAAAACCAAGAUAAGGUCAUAUUGAAGUUGCAAUGACAGUAUUGGACUUGGCUUUUCGAUUAGAGUGAUCAAUUUCGUUGACAACAUUUUCUAUUUGACAGGUAUAUUAAGUUAAGUUAUAGAACAGAAACCACCGUUGUUUAAAAUAUAAGCCUCAAAUACAAUCUUUAAAUGCACACCGUCUUCUUAAAACCAGAAUUUUGCACAUACUUCUGAUUUUUCCGUAACAUAACAUUUUGUGCAAUGGACGACGUAACUAACAUUUUCAAACAUUAUUAUAUAUAUUCUUAUGUGUAUUUACGCUGUUGUAAGUGUUGGUCUGAUUUGAAUGAGCGCUUUUGCAGUCACAAUACAUUGAUCAAUAAACAAGACAAAAUCAAGGGAUGGAGGAAUAGACAAAUGAAUUUACGUAACAACCAACAAAUGAAGUACACUCUCCGCCUUCGGUUUUUUAUUUCCCCAGAGGUUGACAUCUUUUUAUAUGCUGUAUUUUGCCUUUUGUUACAUAUGUUCCUCCAACUUUUUGUUGUGUUAGUGUCCUUCACUUCAGAAAAUGUUCCAUUAAAUUGGUGCUUCUA